AUGCGCGUCGUCAUCGUUGGUGCUGGUCUUUCCGGCCUCUCACUGGCCGCUUUUUUGCGGCGGCUUAAUGUCGACUGCGUUGUACUCGAGCAGGCGCCGUUUCUGCAGGCCAACUACAUCGCACCAUACACGCUCUUCGCCAACGCGCUGAGCUGUUUUAAGGCCUUUGACCUGGAGCACAUCUUCACAAGCAGCAGAAUGCAACCGGAGGAGUGCUUCGGGAUUCAAGGUGAUAGAGGAAAUUGGCUGCUUAAAAUUUCGAAUAGGAAUAUUCGCCUUCCUGCUCUGGGCGCCGAGGAUGUCGUCCCCCUCAGCACCGCACCCCCGGCGAACAGUGAGUCGAUCGUCUCGCAACGGUUGUCAGAGAACAGAAAGCAAGAGAUGGGGUACGUGCCACUGCGUUGCACCCUACCGGCCUCCUAUCUGCGCGAGGCUCUACGGCGCCAUAUACCAGAAAUAAAGUUCUCCGCUCAAGUCAUCGACCUUUUGCCGCACGACGGUGUCAAAGGCGGCGUGCACGCGGUGCUCGAAGAUGGACGCACCGAGUGGGGCGACGUUGUUGUUGGCGCGGAUGGCAUAUGCAGUACAAUUCGGCGCCUUUUGUACCCCGGCGAGUACGUUGGAACCAGUAGCCGCACCCUGGGGAUGAUUCACAUCGACGGGUUCGUGGACUGCCCUCACUGCCCCCCGCAUCUCGUGCAGCCCGUGGAGUGCUGGGGAAGAGGUCGUACACUGCAGACGGUGCCUUUCCACCGCUUCGGCGAAAACACUCUCGCUUUCUCUGCAACGCUGCACUCGUCGCCACGGGAGUUGGUGGACCUCCAGCAAGGUAUGGAUGCCAUGGAGGUGCUGCAAGCAUUCCGGCAUCUGCUUGGUCGCGAAUACGCCGGGUUCGGUGGCGAGGUUGGAACACUGCUUUCUGAGGCAAAGUUAGCAGUGCCGACGGAGGUAUUGGAGGUGCCUGUCAUGCCUAGGUGGUACAACCGCCGCGCUGUGCUUAUCGGUGAAGCUGCGCACGGGUCACUGCCUUCGUUUCUCAACCAGGAUGCCUCUCUCUGUGUGGAAGAUGCCGCUAUCCUAGCUGUUGCCUUGUUGGAUGUUCCCCUGCAGCGUGAUAGCGGCUUCGAGUAUGCGUUCCGCCAGUACGAGACGGUGCGGCGCGAUCGUAUUGAGCGGUACAUACGCCAAUCCCGCCGCGCUCGAAAGCUCACGUCGAUGAAGAACGCGACGUUGCGCAACGCGCUGCUGCGACUCACAUCGCCCAUCGUUGUGAAUCUGGCACAGCGCUGGCUCUCCAACUGGACCUACAGCUCCCAGCAACUUAUGGUAGAUCCGAAGACUAAGUUGGAGACCGCGUUUCGCUGA